AUGCGCCUUAAACACGAAGAAGAAGAAAGUCUUCCGGUCAGAGCAGCUAUGGGGACGGCGGCAGAGAAAUCUACAAAAGAGCGUUUACUGUCUGUUUUAGACGAUUUAGAGGUUUUAUCCCGGUAAACUUUACAGCUCUACUUCAUUAUGAUGUUGUUUUUGUAGUUUUUUCCUUCCAUGUUUUUGUUCACAUGUAAAAAUGUAAUUAUGAUGAUGUUGUGGAUAUUUGCUAAGCUAACGUUAGCUUUCAUUGUGUGUGUGUGUGUGUGUUCUCAGAGAGCUGAUUGAGAUGUUAGCUCUGUCCAGGACUCAGAAACUCCCUCAGACAGGAGAAGAUACGCAGGUAAGAGAGAAACUGAGACUGAAGACAGACUGAGGAGAAGAAGACCUGAGGAGGUAAACAUGAUCCCUGUUUGUGUUUGUUUUUACUUUGAGAUCCUGGAGCUGCUGGUCCAGAGGGACAGAGAGUUCCAGGAGCUGAUGGAGGUGGCCCAACAUCAGGGGAAGGUCCACCAGGAGAUGCAGCUGCUGGAGAAGGAGGUGGAGAAGAGAGACAGUGACAUCCAACAACUGCAGAAACAGCUGAAGGAGGCCGAGCACAUCCUGGUGGGUGGAGGAGGUUUUAGUCCAGACUGGGGUCGAAGAUCACCUCAGAACAGGAUCUGAUUCAUUAACCCACUAAGACCUGAACCCUGUCUGAGACUCUGAGAUCCUGAGAAGGGCCCCCAGAUCCUGAGGUUCUCUGAAGUGUUGAGGUUUACAAACAGCUGAUAUCUCAGCCUCUGUAGCAGAUAGAAACAACAUUCAACAAGUAUUUGAGAGCUUAGACAUGUGGCUUUAAGGUCACUAAAGUAGGUGGAGCAAGAAUGGCAGUGUCAUCUGAAUAUUUUCAGUAUGUGGUGACAGGUGAGGGGCUGGUGCAGUCAUUGGUGUAGAGGCUGUAUAGAAAUGGACUGAGAACACACCCCUGGGGGGCGCCGGUGUUGGUGAUUCUGGUGGAUGAACCGAUUCUGAGGGCCCAGUGUUCAUUUUAGUCCUCUGUGCCGCUCUCUGCCUCCAUGCUUCUCCGUAUUUUCACUCUGAAAUUGUCAUGUCAGGAACUUGAGCAGGUUUUCUCGUGUUGAUCUGAAUCAGCUCCUCCUCUUCCUCUUGUUUCCAGGCCACUGCGGUGUACCAGGCCAAAGAGAAACUCAAAUCCAUCGAGAAAGCUCGAAAAGGUGAGUCCACACACCUGUCUUCUGAGCUGUGAUGAUCACCGAGGGGUGAGGGUCUCAUGUCUGUCUCGUCUGUUCUCUUCAGGAAGUAUCUCCUCUGAGGAAAUCAUCAAAUACGCUCACAGGAUCAGUGCGAGUAACGCCGUCUGUGCUCCUCUCAACUGGGUCCCAGGUACGAACCCUCUGCUGCUCCUCCUACUCCUCAUCUGUUCCUCUGCGUCUCUAACACACCUGCUGUUUUCAGGUGAUCCACGCAGACCCUACCCCACAGACCUGGAGAUGCGCAGCGGGAUGCUGGGUCACAUGGCCAAUCUGCCGACCAAUGGCGUGAACGGACACCUUCCAGGUGAUGCUCUGGCUGCUGGGAGGCUUCCAGGUGAGUGUCGGUUAUUUCUGAUUGGAGCACGUCUGCGUGGUGACGCAGGGGUUACAGUCCCUCACUUUAAUGAUCGAUUAAUUCACAGAUAUCAGAUUUGAUAUCAGAUCUUUUUCUUCUUUUACUCCAACUGGAGAUUCACACAGAAACAUUAUUUUAGAAGUACUUUAGAUUUUCUGAAAACUCUCUGUUUGCCUGCUCUGGUUUACCACGAAUUUCCACUGCAUCUGGAAUGGCAGCAAUUUUCGCCGUCUGCCAAUUCCUACCGGAUCCGUUUGUGAAAUCUACUACUAGACUUCUAGAAUCAGCAUCUCCUCAUCCAUGGUGUCAGCUACGAUCAGCUACGGUCGGAGGAUACGACCUUUUGGUAGACGUUUAGGAUGCAGUGUCCGGUUGUCUUUCAACAAAGAAUUGGAAAUCAUAGAUGCUGCAUCCUCAGUUUUAGACGAUAUCUGCAGGUUUAGGAGCAACAUCUGUGUCCAUCAGUUGAAAUGUGGAAUGCAGAACUCUUGAGAUCCGCAGAGGAACGGAAAGAAGUCGGUGUAAAUUGACACGUUAACUUGAAUGGUUACGAUCAGCUACGAUCGGAGGAUACGACCUUUUAGGAGACGAUCAGGAUGAAGGUGGAAGUUGGUGGUCAGUUUGAAGCCAAAGUCUCUGCGGAUCCUCAGAAAGACGCUGAGAGGACAUGAAUGAUUUCUAAACAACAACCUAAGUCCCUCUUUUUCUCCUUCUCUCCUCUCGUUUCCUCAGAUGUCCUAACGCCUCACUACCCCUGGCAGUCCUCGGACGUCUCUGUGGGGAUGCUGCCUCCUCACCAUGGAAACGACUUUGGCCUAGAGCCUCCGGGUCACAACAAGGAGAACGAGGACGACGUGGAGGCCAUGUCGACGGACUCGUCCAGCAGCAGCAGCGACUCGGACUGAAACAUGGAGACUGAGAGUGUGUGAUUUUGAGUGUGUGUGUGUGUGUGUGUGUGUGUGUGUGUGUGUUUUUGAGUGUGUGUGUGUGUGUGUGUGUGUGUUUUUGAGUGUGUGUGUGUGUGUGUGUGUGUGCGUGCGUGUGUGCGUGCGUGCGUGCGUGUGUGUGCGUGUGUGUGUGUGCGUGUGUGUGUGUGUGUGUGUAUGUGUGUGUGAGGUCACCACUGAGCAUCACUCUUUAUCUUCAGUCAUAUUUCAUGUAAUGACUUUAACAUGGAAGGACAAAACUGACUUUAAAGGACCCUUCUGUCAUUUUUGUGUCGUAGUUUUUUCAGGUCAAACUUCCUCCUCUGUAGAACUUCAGUCCGUGUUAAAGGUUUUUAUUUGACAGAAACAGAAGAGCUCGUUCCUAAAAUGGAAAGAAAUUCAUUUCUAGAUUAAAACAGAAGCUUCAGACCAUCGUUUAACAUCAUUAGGUCAGCUGAAGGCCACAGUUUCCCACUUUGUUUUAUUAAAAACUGCCGUCUUUCAUUCUGAGGGAAAGUGGGAGUUUCAUUUAAUUUUCUUUAUUGAUCCUAAAAGAACAAAAGACUGCCUGAGCGUGGACCUCGAACAUCAGCAUCAGUUAUCUGUUAUGAAUCUCAUCUGAAGGAGGAAGAGUGUGAGGGCGGCGCUGCACUCAAACGUCUGAAAUCAUCUGUUUCAUCCUAAAAAUCUAAUGAUCAGCUUGUUCAGAAAUCUGCUCUCCUCCACAGACAUAAUCUGGCUCAUAGUUUCUGGGUUUAAUCAGCAGAAUCUGCAAACAAAUUAAAGAAAAAAAACUGUUUCCUGCUCCUUGGUGACUCCGGUGUGAAGUGUGUGUAAACUCCCGUCUCUGUUUGUUGGUUGUAGCAUGUUCUCCGUGUACAUAAGCCUGUACAUACUCCUCCUUGUAAAUAAAUACUUUUGGAAUAAAA